AGCGUCGGAUCAGCAAUCGACGUGAAGUCAAAGGUCGUCGUGGCCUCUGCGUCAGGUAUUUCUCACCCUGUUGAGAAGCAGACCGAGAGGACGGAGACGUUCCCGUCAGUGCCUGGGAACCUGAGGGCUCCUGUAGAGGACAGAGAGGAGAGGAAAGAGAGAGAGAGGGGGAACCAUCGGAGGGAUCAUGCUGUGAGGAGAUACAGCUCAGGGAAAAAGAUAAAACAAGUUGAGGAUUGUUUUGUUUUUUUUGUCCUCGUCUGAAAUCCCCUAAAAAAGCUGAAGAUCCUGAUUGAGAUCUGGUGUCACUGCAGCAGCAUCAUGGGAGCCUCCAGUGGAAAGGCGUCUCUCUUCUCCAGGCUGCUGGUCUUGGUGCUGUGUGUCGUCUCUUCUCUCUGUCAGGAUGAUUAUUCUGGAUACCACUCAGGUGAGGAACAAACCUACGAAGGAUCCGUCAUCGACCACUAUGACAACUCAGCCUCUCCGCAGCCAGAGUAUCCCCCUGAGGCGACUCUCAGCCAGUACGAGGAGCAGCGUCCAGCGGAGGACUACGACCCUUACGCUCCGACGCAGGUCACCAUGAUCACUGAGGACGCUUUCCCCUACGCUACUACCGCUGAAUCCCACUACGCCAAGGAGGACACCGAGACCAUGGAGUAUCCUCCCUCGGGCCCCGACUCCGGCUCCUCUGAAGAGUCGGGGGGCGACUCUGCGCUCGGAGAGGAAGGUCCGACAGAGUGCGACUGUGAACCCGGAGAGCCUGGGUUCGCUGGAUUCGCAGGACCGAAGGGAUCCAGAGGUCCGCAGGGUAAAGAUGGAGAGCCGGGAGUUCAAGGCAGAGAGGGUUACAAAGGACCCAAAGGAGUUUGGGGCAGAGGAGGAGAUGCAGGACCAGUGGGCUCCGGCGGACCUGAAGGAGACGACGGAGCUUCAGGUUUCUCUGGAGCGAUGGGAGAACCCGGACUCAUUGGAGACCCAGGAGAGUCAGGAGACCUCGGCCUGAAGGGGGAGGUCGGCAUGGAGGGACCUCGCGGAGGAGUCGGAGGUCCUGGUGAGACUGGUCCUAGUGGUGACGCUGGGCCUUCAGGAUCAGAUGGGGGUGAAGGUAUCAAGGGCUCCCUUGGUGACGGAGGCAUAGAGGGUCCUCAAGGCCCAGACGGAGAUAAGGGUCAAAUCGGAGCGCCUGGGUUUCCUGGUGACUUCGGCGAGAGAGGCUACACUGGUUAUCCUGGACUUCCUGGAGGCUCUGGACCGGGCGGACCCAAGGGUGAUAAAGGUAAAGACGGUGUGCCAGGCAGUGAUGGUGACCCUGGAGAAGAUGGUCCCAUAGGAGUCCCCGGUUUGAUGGGAGAGCCUGGCCAGUUUGGUACCAAGGGCAGUAAAGGAGACCGAGGCGUUCAGGGACCUCGAGGAAGAGUCGGCGCUGUGGGAUCUCAAGGAGAGCAAGGAGACGCUGGAGUACCUGGGAAACUGGGACCAAAGGGUCUGCAGGCCUCCAAAGGGGCCAAAGGUGAGACGGGAGCCGACGGUGAAAAGGGUUCAGGAGGGAAGAAAGGCAUCAAAGGCAUCAAAGGACAGAAGGGAAGCAAAGCAAACCAUGGAGACAAAGGACAGCGUGGACCUAAAGGCGGGAUCGGUGGUAACGGCGUCUCCGGCCCCGUUGGUUCUCCGGGCCUUCCAGGAACCAGAGGGGAGAGAGGCGGGAUGGGAGACCCGGGAAUCAAAGGCCGACCAGGACCCAAAGGAGCACCAGGUCCCACUGGUCCCGGUCUCACUGAUGAGCAGGUCCUGCAGCUCUGCAGAGGCGUAGUCACGGCCCAGAUCUCCCAGUACGCCUCCUCCAUCCGGGCCAAGUGUUCCCAGGGCUGCCCCAUCAACAACCGGACACUCAUCGGGCCCCCGGGAGGCCAGGGGCCGCCGGGACCGUCAGGGAAACCUGGUAAAGCUGGAAAAGCCGGAGCAAAGGGAGCCAGAGGUGUUCAGGGAGACAGAGGACUGGAGGGAGACAAAGGAGCGCUGGGUAACCGAGGUAAAAAAGGACCUAAAGGUGCUGCAGGUGUUCCAGGUACGGGCCUGCCGGGACUCGACGGACCACAAGGCUACAGAGGUUUUCCAGGUUAUGCAGCAGAACCCAAAAACGGCAUGGAGGGUCCUCAAGGCCCACGCGGCUACACAGGUCCGGUGGGUGUUAUCGGUAUGCUCGGGGUCGCUGGCGUGCCGGGAUUCUGCGAGGCUCGGGAUUGCAGCAUUCACGCACCGGUGAUGCGUAAAGAGCAAGGCCUGGUGAAAGGACCAAGCAGCUCCAAUAUCUAAACCUGAGAUCCACUUUGGGUUUCGGUUCAAAGAAGGAAAUGCUUAUUAGAUUCACGACAGACUGAUUCUAUGGAAGUGUCGGAGGGCCCAGUAUAGCACCGUGAGGCGCUCCGCUGAGACACACUGAGCUCUGAGCGGGAAUAAAACCAGCAAAGACUUUUCCAUCUGAGCCGGAUCCAGUCUUUAAGUGAACUUUUUUACUUCCUAAAGAUCCAAAAAAAGUUGUAAUAACAUAAAAACACCCAAACACUACAUGAUUCCCUUCUGAAUCCUUCCAUUUUAGUCUUUUUGUUUUCUCUCGUACUCCAUAAAAUGAACAAAAAAUAAAUAAUGCAGUGUAAAUAUGUUUGUAAAGUAUCUCAAAUACAUGUACUGUGCUCUGAAAUGUGUUUCAGAUAAACUGUCUGUUUUUUUUA